AUGGCUCGGGCGCGUCGAGUUUCCGUGAGCAAAGCCCGCAGCCAUUGGACGCCGCCAGCUUGGCUCUGCCCAGAACUUUGCGGCGAGUUGCAGCUUGAGGCUGGCAAACGCUGUAUGUUAAUCUGUGGGGGAGCAAUGUUUGCUUUUUCCAGAGCCCUAUUUCCUCCCGAGGAGGAUGAAGGAGCUGCAAUCGAAAUCAGGAAGAACGCCACGUUUCCUCAAACAUCUAAAACCGAAACAACGUCCAUGUCUUACUACAACGCCAAAGAUGGGCUAUGUUCAGGCUUGCGGGAGAAGUAUUAG